GAGCUAUAAGCGAUCAAUCACUUCCAUGCUCUAAGGUCCAAAAACACAUUCAAAACUUCUUCCAAAGCUGCUUCAUUCUGUAAUGGAACAGGGAUCUUUUCGAAAAUGAACACCAUUAGAUCGACUUGGUACGGUUGGGGUGUCCUCUGCGUUGCUGGAGGAGGUGCCUACUACUUCGCAAAGAAGUCCAUUAAUGCCGACCGAGCAGCACGGUUCGAAGCCGAACAGAAAAAGAAGGCGUACCAGCGACGUAUAGAAGACUCUUCCUAUACCCCACCGCGUUCGAAAACAAAGACAAGGACACAAGCAGAUCCUUCGAGUGGCACUCACAAUGCCAAAGGACUUGACCACGCAGGAAGUCCGAGUAGUGAGAUUAGUGAGGAUGCUGCUCCUGUAGGACAUGCGCCGGUUGACAGUGAGCAGAGGAUACGUGAAAAGAGCAAGUACGAAGCCGCUGUACCAUACAGAAGCAAGAAAGGCGACCGUUUCAGUUGAAGAAACCCAGAGCAGACGACGCGGUUUUGACAACACCAACCCAGAGAGAUCAGUCAUGGACAAAGUUUCAAAAUGUUGUGUGAAUGUUGUGUACAUGUGUAUUGCUUAUGGCGCUCCAAUAUCGAGCGCAAUCCCCCAUAAAUCCCAAACUCCAUUUGACCCAUGCUCGCUGUUCGAGGGGUAUAAUGCUGAUGCUCCUAACCAAUAUCUGUGUCAUUAUCUUCCAUGCUCUCAAAUGCUAAGAAAACCAGAAUGUCGUUCAGAUGCCUUUGCUCGUCCC